AUGCUCAGCCCAAACCGCCUGGAAGCGUCUCCUGGGAUUGCCUUGGCCCCCGGGCGUGCGGAGUGCGGAGCCUUCCCUCGGACGGCGGGCGCGGCCCCACGGCUUUGCCUGCCCCUCGUCCUCCUCCUGCUCGCCCUGACGCCCCGCGCCGACUCCUCGUGGUGGUACAUCGGGGCGCUGGGUGCGAGGGUGAUCUGCGAUAACAUCCCCGGGCUGGUGAACAAGCAGCGGCAGUUGUGCCAGAGGUACCCUGACAUCAUGCAGUCGGUCGGGGAGGGAGCCAAGGAGUGGAUCCGGGAGUGCCAGCACCAGUUCCGGCACCACCGCUGGAACUGCAGCACCCUGGACCGGGACCACACCGUCUUCGGCCGGGUCAUGCUGCGAAGCAGCAGGGAGGCCGCCUUCGUCUACGCCAUCUCUUCAGCUGGAGUGGUCUACGCCAUCACGCGGGCGUGCAGCCAGGGGGACCUGAAGGCCUGCAGCUGCGACCCGCUCAAGAGGGGCCGCUCCAAGGACGAGCGCGGGGAGUUCGACUGGGGCGGCUGCAGCGACAACAUCAACUACGGGAUCCGGUUUGCCAAAGCCUUCGUGGAUGCCAAGGAGAAGAAAGUGAAGGACGCCCGGGCGCUGAUGAACCUGCACAACAACCGCUGUGGGAGGAUGGCUGUGAAGCGUUUCCUGAAGCUGGAGUGCAAAUGCCAUGGGGUCAGCGGCUCCUGCACGCUAAGGACUUGUUGGCUGGCGAUGUCAGACUUUCGGAAAACGGGGGAUUAUCUGAGGAAGAAAUACAACGGGGCCAUCCAGGUGACGAUGAACCAGGACGGCACUGGCUUCACGGUGGCCAACAAGAACUUCAGGAAGCCCACGAAAACAGAUCUGGUGUAUUUUGAGAACUCACCUGAUUACUGCGUGAUGGACAAGUCAGCAGGCUCCCUGGGCACAGCCGGUCGCGUGUGCAACAAGAUGUCCCGCGGGACAGACGGCUGCGAGGUGAUGUGCUGCGGGCGGGGGUACGACACCACGCGCGUCACUCGCAUCACCAAGUGCGAGUGCAAGUUCCACUGGUGCUGCGCUGUGCGCUGCAAGGAGUGCGAGGACACUGUGGACGUGCACACGUGUAAAGCACCGAAACGGGCCGAGUGGUUGGACCAGACCUGA